UGCCCGAAGCUACUCUGAAGAUGUGAGCCCCUGUUUAGAGAGGGAGUGGAAGCCCAGAACGGCUUCUUUGGGGGUGAGCAAACUACUGUACAAUGUUUGUGUUGUCCCACAUCAGCCAGGCAGCUAAAUACAAGCGAAGGUGCGAAGAGAUGGGAGAAAAGCACAAGACACAGAUGGAAGAGGCCGCAGAAUUGCUAAGGCGGCAGGUAAAUGAUACCAUGCAGGCUCAGGAACAGCUGGUUGAAGCACAUCACAAGAAAGAAGUUACCUUGCGAGCCGAAUUUGAAAAGGCCAAAGAAGCAAAAAAAACAAGAGCACAAGCAGCAGCUGGAUGAGUUGAAAGAAGUCCUCCGCAUGAAGGAGAGCGAGAUGCAGGCCAAUACUGAUGCACUCAGAGACUACUACAAAAAGAUCAUGCAUGAAAAAGAUGCCCUUUUGCGGAACAAGGAGUCUGAGAUGAAAACGACUAUUAGUGACAUGGAGCAGACCUAUCAGGCUGCCAUUGAAGAGAGGGAGGGAACACUUGAAGAGCAGGAGAACCGCAUGAAGAACUGCAUUGAGACUUUGCAGAAGAAGCACGAAGUGACUCUACGGGAACUGAUGCAACGCCAACAGCAGAAGGAAGACAAGAUGAGAAGCUCGAUGGACAACUUGAAAGAAACACAUGAAGCCCUGCUGCAAGAAGCGGUGGCAGGCCACCGGCAGAAGGAGGCGGAGAUGAGCCUUAGCAUUGAUGAGCUCAAGCGAGCUCAUCAAGCAGAACUGAAAGAGAAGGAGCACAAGAUGAAAGAAAGCAUUGAAGUCUUGAGAGAUACUCAAGAGGCGGCAUUGAGGGAAAUGGAAUCUGUUCACAAGCAGAAGGAGACCGAGCUCAGAGAAUUCGUUGAGAGCUUGCAAAGAACGCACAAAAGAGUACUAGAUGAGAAGGACAUGGCGCAUGAGCAGAAGGAUGCAGCUCAAAAGCAGGCGGUCAAAAUGUUGGAGCAGCAACUCUCAGACAAGGAAUCAGAAGUGAGAAGCCGCAUCUCCAAUCUUGAGCAGAAUCAGCAGCGAGCCGUCGACGAAAUUGAGAAGUCAUUUCGGCUGAAGGAGGAAGCUGCUGAACGUGCAGCUUCAGAAUCGGCUGCCUUUUUGAGACAGCAGGAAACCUCGUUGCGGGAAAUGGUCCACUCCCUCCAACGCCAGCUUGACGAAAAGGAAGCCAACUUGCGCGACACAAUUCAGUCGAUGCAGCUCCUCCAAAACGCUUCAAGUGAACAGCUACGGUUGGAGCAGCAGCGUGUGCAGAGGUUGGAAACAGAGGCAGAAGAUCUGCGCAAUCGCUCCAUCGCAAAUUUGCAGAGGGCUGAUCAAUCAGAGGCGGAGCUGGUUUCCACGAGGCACCAAAUGCACGAUCUUCAAGAGAGGGAGCAGCAGCGUAUCCAACGAUUGGAAACCGAAAAGGAGCAGCUGGCUGAAAAGGCUUCUGAGCGGCAGGCUGCCUUGCAGGAGGAACUCAUCCGACUCAAGAUGCUAGCAAAAAGGUUUGAAGAGGAGGCUAUCAGCCUCAAAGCCUCAGUUGAUGCAAAGCAGGCUCAAUGUGAAAAACUCUCGAUGGAGCGUGAUGCCUUGAAGGUGGAGUUUCGCAGCUACAAAGAGCACCACGGGACCAGCAACCAACAGCAGAUGGAAGCGAUCACCGAGUUGAAACUUACAGUCGAUAAACUGAGCAAGCAGGUGGAUUUCACGAAAGCCGAGCUGCAGAUUCAGCAGGGCAACCUUACCCAACGCCAAGGCUACAUUAUUUCCUUGGAGAAUCAGUUGGCCCAAGCUGAGCUUACUCGGCGUGAGCUGCACAAUGUGAUUCAGGAGCUGAAAGGCAACAUUCGAGUCUUUUGCCGGAUCCGACCACAGCUUGAGAACAGAGACUCUUUGAGUCUGCAGGUUUCAGAGAACCGGAUUGCUUUGGAUCACAUGAGCGAGUCCUACACCUUUGGCUUUGACCGUGUUUUUGAUACUACAUCAACCCAGGAGGCGAUUUUUGAUGAAGUUGACGGCCUUGUCCAAUCCGCAUUGGAUGGGUACAAAGUUUGCAUUUUCGCGUAUGGUCAGACAGGCUCUGGCAAGACAUUCACAAUGCAAGGAUCUGAAGGGGCUAGAGGUCUGAUACCUCGCUGCUUGUCAAAGAUCCUUCAGUGCUCGGAGGCAAUGAGAGCAGCAGGAUGGGAAUGGACUUUGAAAGUAUCUUUCCUUGAGGUGUACAACGAGGUUCUUCGCGACUUGUUGGACAAUGAUGGAAGCAAUCUGGUUCAUGUGAUCAAGCACGAUGAUGCAUAUGGCACCAUGGUGACAAACGUCACGUCCGUGGAGGUGAAGCAAAUGGAUCACAUCAAUAGGCUCAUGGAAAGAGCUGGAAAGGCUCGAGCAGUUGGUGCGACUGACAUGAAUGCGACCUCUUCCCGGUCACACUCAAUCUUCGCUAUGUACUUACACGGCGUGAAUCGUGAGCUUCAGUGUGAACUUCAGGGAGCACUGCAUUUGGUGGACUUGGCCGGCUCUGAGCGACUGGACAAGUCUGGCUCCACAGGGGAUCGGCUCAAAGAAACUCAGAACAUCAACAAGAGUUUGUCAAGCUUGGCCGAUGUUUUCCUUGCAAAAGCUGAGGGGCGCUCUCACAUCCCAUUUCGAAAUAGCAAGCUGACGCACUUAAUGGAGCCUUGCUUAAAUGGCCAGGGCAAAACCCUGAUGGUUGUCAAUGUCGGUCCAGAGGCAAUGCAUGCCCAUGAGACACUUUGCUCCUUGAGAUUUGCAGCGCAGGUGAGUCAGUGCACCACUGGUGGCAAGCCGAAGCGCUGUUUGCGGUCUGCGCCGCCCAAAUCAAAUACGGGAAGCUGCAGGCAAGCUGCAGCUUCCUCCCGGCGUGGGAAAUAGCAGCGCCCGGUUGUAGAUAUGAUACAUUUGAAUUCACUGCAGGCCCCUAGGCUUAGCAUGUCCUCCUCUUGCAGAAUGUGCAGUUCUUAUCCAAUUAAUUUGAAUGCAGCGCACGCCACUUGAAGCCUGUGGCUGGAGGGGGCGAUCCCUCCUUGUGAAGAGCCCAGGGUCAAGAAAUUCAUUCGUGCAUUCAUUGAAUUUCAUUGUCACCCUCAUCAGAUGUGGAGUAAGCAAGCCAAAUGCU